AAAGCUCCUUCAUCUCCCUCAAUCCAUGCACCCCACCACCUCUACACUCGUGCUCUGCUCGCGCGUUAUUCUUCAGGCAGACCAAUGUUCCCCACGCCCAAUGCAUCGACGUUGUGAUGUCCGAUGGGAGACGGUAGCAGUCAUGCAGGCGGCCCAUCUGCACGGUGCUCCGGCUCAUCGCCUCCCCGCUGCCGCUCGGAACGCAGCUUGCGCUCCCCGUCUCCUCGCCGCCUCCACCGCUCGCGCUUUCUCCUUGCGCGCGACGUGGCAAUUUCACACGGAAUGUACCCCCCCACAAAUGCGACAGCAGACUGCGCAGCCCCUCGCUCGCGUCCUUGCGCACCCAUUCCCGCUCUCGCACUCCCAUCGGCGGUGGCCCGCUCCCAUGCUGAGGCGCUCGCGGACGCUUGCCCAUCGAACCGCGAAUCCCGACAGCAACGAAUACAACUCGCAGGGCGAGCAGCAGGAUCAAAGUGACAAUCCGGAGGAGGAGGAGACACUGCUUGGGCGUGACACGCGAGAUGGGGAUGGGGAGGCGCAGGCGCAGAAGCAGGCGAGGUCGCAUUCAAGGGUGUUGAGCAGAUCAAGGAGCGGCAAAGAAGCGUACGACGACUACAAGUGCAACCUCCGCGACCGCAAGGCCAACUCCCAAAAGUACCUCAUCCUUACCCGGCCAGACCACGGCGCCGCCGCGGCUGCUCACGACGACAACGACCCCCAGUUCUCGGCGCUCGGUGAUGUCGACGCGGGCCCACACACACUAUCGGGAGUAGUGGCGGAGAUCUAGUAGCUAUUUAUAUCAUUAUGUAGCUCAUUAAUAGAAUUGCA